GAGCGUGAGGAGUGAGUGGGAUAAGCGCAUUUCCCUUUCGUUUUGGUUGACGAGACCAGACAGACAUCCCAAUAAAAAUAAAAAUAAAAAUAAAAAAUAGAGAGAGUAGCGACAACAUUUGCGAUUGUGUUCUCUCUUACACGCUUCUUCUAUUCCUUCUAUUGCUUGGUCUGAUCAGAUCCGUCUCUGUUAAUUAGAUCUGAAUUAUAUAAUUAGUUGAUAUUAAUGAUUGGUGAUAAUCGCAUCGAAUGGCGAGGAUGCGUGGAGGAGGAGGAGGAGGAGGAGUAGAAGAGGGAGGAGGAGGAGAUAAAGAGAGAUCAGAAAAACAUGAUGGAUUAGUUCGAUUGGUACAAAUAGUAACAUUGUUGGUCGUGUUUGCCGGCGGUGUUGUUAUCGGUUUAACAACCACUUCUCACAUUCACUACUUCAAUAAAAACAACCUCCAUUUCAUUUAUGAUGACGAUAUUGCUCAUCACAUUAACAACAACAAUAAUAACUCUAAUUGUUCAAUUCUUCAAACUGUUCCCAUUCCUCCUCCACCACCACCACCACCACCACCACAUGUCCAAGAGGAACAGGAUAUGUUGGAUUCUUUUCUUCAUCCUUCCAACAUCACCCAUACCUUACCUGAUGACCAGCUUUUUUGGAGGGCCUCCUUGGUCCCUAACCAACGCCACUAUCCCUUCACUCGUACACCUAAACUUGCUUUCAUGUUCCUUACUAGGGGUCCUUUACCCUUAUUGCCACUUUGGGAGAGAUUCUUUCAAGGUCACUCUCAUCUCUUCAACAUCUAUAUUCAUGCUCCUCCUGGUUAUAUUCUCAACGUUUCAGAUUCUUCCCCCUUUUACCAACGCAAUAUCCCAAGCUGUUUCGUGGGGAACAGUGACGCUGGCCGAUGCAGAGAGGCGGCUUCUAGCCAAUGCACUACUGGACUUUUCAAAUGAGCGUUUUGUUCUACUUUCAGAGAGUUGCAUCCCUGUCUACAAUUUCCCUACUGUUUACAAAUAUCUCACUAAUUCUGCACAUAGCUUUGUUGAGUCAUACGAUGAUCCUUCUCGUUACGGCCGAGGCCGCUACAGCCGCAGUAUGCUUCCUGAUAUUCAGCUUAAACACUGGCGCAAAGGAUCUCAAUGGUUUGAACUUAAACGCGCUCUCGCGGUUUAUAUUGUCUCUGAUACACGAUAUUAUUCUCUCUUCCGCAAAUAUUGUAAGCCUGCUUGUUACCCAGAUGAACAUUACAUUCCAACCUUCCUCAACAUGUUUCAUGCUUCACUCAAUUCAAACAGAACAGUUACAUGGGUUGAUUGGUCAAUGCUUGGUCCUCAUCCAGCAACUUAUGGGAGAGACAAUAUAACUGUGGGUUUUAUACAAGCUAUUAGGAAUAAUGGUUCCCUUUGUGGAUAUAAUUCAGAUACGACUUCCCUUUGUUACCUUUUUGCACGUAAGUUUGAUCCAACUGCACUGGAGCCUUUGUUAAACCUCUCUUCAGAAGUUAUGAACUUUUAAUUUUUUCUUUUUAUCUAUUCUUUUAGUUUUAGUCCCUAGAUUUUGGUAGAGUAUUUCAAAACUUCAUUAAGAAAUCAUUUGGCAUUGGUAGACCUGUACAGGUAUAUAUUGUUAGAGAUUUUGGGUUCUCUACUAGAGAAUACCAUAUUGUUGCAGAAACUUUGUUCCUUCAAAGAAGGAAUCUAUCAAUACAAAUUUUUUAUCUUUUCACCUA